UCCUUCCCUCCAUCCUGCCAUGGCUGCCUAGAGGAGCGGACUCCCUCCAUCUCUCUCUCUCUCUCUCGGGGGCCAUGACGGGGGUCUUCGACCGGAGGGUGCCUUCCAUCCGAGCCUCGGCGGACUUCCCGGCGCCCUUCCCGGCCAUGCAGCAGCAACAGCAGCAGCAGCAGCAGCAGGGACCCCCGCCCCAGGAGGCCUCGCCUACUCUCCCGGAGUCCUCGGCCACCGACGUCGACUACUACAGCUCCCCCGGAGCAGCAAACGCCGGCGGCUACUGCUCGCCCUCGCCUUCCUCCUCCUCCUCCUCCUCCUCGGCCCCCUUCGCCAAGGCCCUCCACCCGCACCACCCCUACCACCAGUACCAGGCCUACCAGCAUGGCAUGGCCGGCACCCCCGGAGCAGCAGCAGCAGGGGGCUACCCGGGCAAAGCCUACGCCGACUACUCCGCCGCCUACGCCAGCCCCUACCACCCCCAUCACCCCCAGCCCUACGGAGGGCCCUACAGCCGGGCCCAGGCCAGCGCCGCCCUCGCCGGACACCCAGAAAAAGACGUGGCGGAGCCGGAGGUGCGGAUGGUGAACGGCAAACCAAAGAAAGUCCGCAAACCCCGGACGAUUUACUCCAGUUUCCAGCUUGCAGCCCUGCAGAGGCGGUUCCAGAAAACCCAAUACUUAGCCCUGCCGGAAAGAGCCGAGCUGGCCGCCUCUCUGGGGCUCACGCAGACCCAGGUGAAAAUCUGGUUCCAGAACAAGAGGUCCAAGAUCAAGAAGAUCAUGAAGAACGGGGAGAUGCCCCCGGAGCACAGCCCCAGCGCCAGCGACCCGAUGGCUUGCAACUCCCCGCAGUCUCCGGCGGUGUGGGACUCGCAAGGCGGCGGCGGCGGGGGCGGCGGGGGCAGCACCCGGUCCCUGAGCCACCACCAUCCCCACCUCCACGGGGCCGCCUCCAACCCAUCGCCGGCCUCCAGCUACCUGGACACCUCCGCGGCAGCUUCCUGGUACUCCAGCGGUAACCCCCUCACUGCCCACCUGCAGCCCCAUAGCUCCCUACAACACCCCUUAGCCUUGGCUGCCGGGACUAUUUAUUAGGAGAGGGCGGUGGUGGUUGUCGCUCUUCUUCUCUCUCUUUUUUAAAUAAUAAUAAUAAUAUUAAUAAUAAUAUCGUCGUUCCUUCUUCGGGCCCAGCUUUUCCUUUUUGGACUCUUGCUUCUUCUUUUUUCUUUAAAAGGAAAACAAAAUACAUUUGGGGGGCACUUUUUUAAAACAUAAAUGAAAAUAAGGGAACAGGAACCUAUACAGGAUGAAAUUGUGUAAAGCUUGUGCAUGUAACUUAUUGCAUUCCCCAGGAACGUUUUUCCCCAACCCUCUUUUCGUUGCUGUUGUUGGGUUUUUUUGUUUUUAAAAACAUGCAAACGGACUUUGGGGUGGUUUUGUUUCGUUUUGGUUUUCGU